AUGUGCGGAAGCCACCGGAGGCUCAACGCAUCAAAGCCGUCUACACAAGUUUCGCAGGCCAUGCAGUCUGUGGGGGCAAGGGCCACAUGCGCGAUAGCAGUCCUUGCUUUGAUUGCUGCUGCCUUGGCCUUCGCAGGGCGCAGCGACGCGUUGCGCCGCAUGGACGACGCGUUGCGCCGCAUGGACGACAUGUUGCUGCGCGUGGAAGGCCUUGAAGAACAGCUCCAGGUGCUGCAAAGCUCGCAGAAUCCGAGCGCUCCAUCUGCACCUGGUCAGACUGGUCAGAUCCAGGUCGGAACUGCGCCGGGGCCCGUCCUCUCCGAGAGGCGACUCCGGAGUCAGGAACAAAAGAACACGUGGCAAUGGUUUGUGGAGCACACCCGAUGCCUUGAUUUCGCCACUGGUGAUGCUAUUGGUUCUGACGGCGACUUUAGCCGAGUCGCUUACAAGGUUGUGAACCUCGUCGAUGACCAGGAAGAGCUCAUCAAAAGCCUGAAGAUGCAAGGGCUGUCGCUCUUCGCUGUGCUCGCUGCCGCUUUUGGAGAGGCGACUUUCUUCAACGGAGAUUGCGUGCUCAAAGGGGUUGAAAUGUAUAAUCGUGCCUUAAUGGAGCAUUAUCUUCCUGAGCGAGUUGAGCUUUUGCGGAAGAUGCUGUCAAGGAGCCCACCUCCAAUACUUCAAAACGCCAGCCUCGUACCAGUUAUAGGAGAGGCCUUCAAGAAGAUUGCUAACCAAGAGAUCCAGAUUCCGCAUGACAUACUCCAUGUCAUGGCCUGGGGCACUUUGAAGGCCUUGCUGCACAUGUUUGAUGGCAACUGUGCUCCUCCGAGAGGCGAUGUAAAAGCUUACAUGAAUGAGAUUUCAACGUCCUCCUUGAAAGCAGACCUCGCGCCUGAACUAUCUUCAACAGAUUGGUGGCCUGUGCUUCAUUACAUUGCCGAGAACCCCACAGUACUGAAUGAGCGAAAUGAGGAAGGCCUUACCCUUCUCAUGGAGGCCAACAUUGGCAAAGGCUGUUCCAGUUCCGUCCCCGGAGCAUGGACCGGAGCAUGGAAUGUCAUGACCGGUCUGCAUGAGCACUUUCGCAUCCCAAUGUCAGCCAUGACGGACGGGGGCAUGACUGCUGCAAUGUUAGGAGUGCGGGCAGAGCAUUUGUAUCGGGCGCAAAUGACUGAAUUGGCUGGAAGUUACUUAGAAAGCCAGAUCAGCUUUCCGCUCUUUCACUUCGAGAACGUGGAGAUGAUCGUCCUCGGUUUGCAUGCGGCAGUGAUUGUGGUCAGCUUCCUGUUCAGUCUGGCUCGGUCGAACCAGGACUCUUCCCAGCGUUUCGCCUUGGUAACAGACUUUACGGUGAAGAUCCUCAUCCUCUCAUGCAUCAACGUCGCCGUGCGCUACUCCAACGCACCUGAAAUGAUCGCCCGACCAUUGCAGGCGUUGGAAGUGGCCUGGAAUAUCGACGCGACCUGCUGCUGGCCCCUCCUCAUCGUCCUGACGCUUGGCUUCCUGUACUUCGUCCUGCAGGACUUCCUCCGGGCCUGUCGCUAUGAGAUGAAAGGAUCCGAGUUGCGAGGCUCCAGUGUGACAGCGCUCAACAUCUACCAGGAUCCGAAGGUGGCCCUGUCCAGGUGCAUCCACACGUUCUUGCUCUCGUGCUUCUUCAUGGCAGUCUACUGGACUUCGAUUUGGACACCGGUGAAGAUGACGCCCUUCGCGAAGACCCUGUGGGCCGGCUCCCUGAUGGUGCAGUACUUCAUCACAGGAAUCUUCCGCGAGAAGCUUGCGCCGGGCUGCUGCUCGACGCUUCGAGCUCUGAGCCGAUGGACGAUGCGGGUAGAUGACCAGGAAAACGAUCUCCUCUGGGCUGCUUUACUGCACCAGUGGAGCUUUUCCGAGGACUCCGAGGAGGCCCCGAGGUUGAGCCGGGCUGAGGUGAUACUCCGCUUCUUGAUGUGCUACAUCUCGAACGGCUUCUUCCGAGUCUUCAUUGUGUACACUUUGCCCGUGUACCUAGCCACGUCCGAAAGAGCCAGCGACUUUGCGUUGAACGCCUUUGCGGUGACCUUCAUCUCUGAGCUAGACGAUCUGUCUUCGGAGGUCACAUACAAUGUGGCGGAACCUCCAAAUAAUGGCUUAUCCUACGGCCUUCUGCCCCAUAGAACGGCAACAGCUCAACAGUAG